CAAUCCCCCCAAAAUAUCUUUUCCACAUGCUUCCCAUUUCUCACCUCAACUCACCACUCACGAGAUUUCAGAUAGAGAGAGAGAGAGAGGAAUUGAGUGUGCAUUUCAGAGAGAGAGAGAGGAAUUGACAAUUGAGUGUGAGGAGACACUGUAGCAAUGGCAACUUCCUCGACCGGAGGAACGGCGAUCGCGUGCUCUAGGCUGAUUCAUGUCACCUCCAGAUGCCGGAGCUCCAAGGUGUUGCUGCUGAAGAGGGCAAAGCCCUCGUUCUGCAUCCGCUGCGUCUCCAGCGAACCAAAGCCGAGGCUGCUCGAUCCAAUCACUCAAGAAGGAGUGGGGAGCAAUUUGAAGGCUUCGGCUACCGAUGCUGCGUCAAUUGCAUCGAACAUCAAAUAUCACGCAGAGUUCACGCCGUUGUUUUCCCCUGACAACUUUGCUCCGUCGAAAGCUUUCUUUGCCACUGCGCAAAGCGUGCGUGAUGCGCUUAUUGUUAAUUGGAACGCAACGUAUGAUCACUGCGAGAAAAUGAAUGUGAAGCAAGCCUACUAUUUGUCUAUGGAAUUUCUACAGGGUAGAGCCUUGCUGAAUGCGAUUGGUAAUUUGGAGCUCACUGGUGAAUAUGCAGAGGCUCUGCAAAAGCUUGGUCAUACUUUGGAAACUGUAGCUUCUCAGGAACCAGAUGCUGCUCUUGGAAAUGGUGGUCUAGGCCGGCUUGCUUCCUGUUUUCUGGACUCUUUGGCAACCUUGAAUUAUCCAGCAUCAGGCUAUGGCCUGAGGUACAAGUAUGGCCUAUUUAAGCAGCUAAUUACCAAGGAUGGCCAAGAGGAGGUUGCUGAAAAUUGGCUUGAAGUUGGAAAUCCUUGGGAAAUUGUUAGAAAUGAUAUCGCCUAUCCAGUCAAAUUUUUUGGAAAAGUCGUGACUGGUUCGGAUGGGAAUAAGAACUGGAUUGGUGGGGAAGAUAUACUGGCUGUUGCAUAUGAUGUGCCAAUACCAGGAUAUAAGACCAAAACAACAAUCAGUCUCAGGUUGUGGUCCACUAAAGUUCCUUCUGACCAACUGGAUUUAUGUGCCUUCAAUGCUGGAGAACACACUAAAGCAUGUCAGGCCAAAGCUAAUGCAGAGAAAAUCUGUUAUAUACUUUACCCUGGGGAUGAAUCUGAAGAAGGAAAGAUUCUUCGACUAAAACAACAAUAUACACUAUGCUCGGCUUCUCUCCAAGACAUUAUUGCCCGGUUUGAGAGGAGAUCUGGUGGAAAUGUGAGAUGGGAAGAGCUUCCUGAUAAAGUUGCUGUUCAGAUGAACGACACACAUCCAACAUUAUGUAUCCCAGAGCUUGUGAGAAUUUUGAUGGACUUGAAGGGCUUGAAUUGGGAGACUGCUUGGAGGAUUACCCAGAGAACUGUGGCAUAUACGAACCACACUGUUUUGCCUGAGGCCCUGGAGAAAUGGAGUUAUGAUUUAAUGCAAAGACUGCUUCCAAGGCAUGUAGAGAUCAUACAGAUGAUCGAUGAACAGCUAAUUGGAGAAAUAAUAUCAGAAUAUGGAACAUCAACUCCAGAAAUUUUGAAAAAGAAAUUGGAAGCAAUGAGAAUUUUGGAAAAUCUCGAUCUGCCUGCUUCUGUUGUCGAAUUAUUUGCCAAGCAAAAUGUAAGCUGUAUGGAUGAGACAGUUGAGGAAGUGGAAUCUGUUGUUGAAGUCAAAACUACUGAAAUAGAUGAGAAGGAAACACCAAAGAAGAAAAAAGUUGUAAAUAAGGAACCUGCUCCUCUACCACCAAAAAUGGUCCGGAUGGCUAACCUUAGUGUUGUUGGUGGUCAUGCUGUGAAUGGGGUGGCUGAGAUCCACAGUGAAAUAGUUAAAGGAGAAGUAUUUAAUGAUUUUUUCGAGUUGUGGCCUAAGAAGUUUCAGAAUAAAACAAAUGGGGUAACCCCCAGGAGAUGGAUCCAAUUCUGCAACCCAGAUCUAAGCGCUGUAAUAACUAAGUGGAUUGGAACUGACGACUGGGUUCUGAAAACUGAAAAAUUGGCAGAACUGCGGAAGUUCGCAGAUAAAAAGGAUCUCCAUAUUGAAUGGACUGCUGCAAAAAAAUCCAACAAAAAUAAGGUUGCAUCAUUCAUCAAACAAAGAACUGGAUAUUCAGUUAACCCUGAUGCAAUGUUUGACAUCCAGGUGAAACGUAUUCAUGAAUAUAAGCGGCAACUAUUAAACAUUUUGGGAAUUGUUUAUCGUUAUAAAAAAAUGAAAGAAAUGACUGCAGCUGAAAGAGAAGCAAAGUUUGUUCCCCGCGUAUGUAUGUUUGGAGGAAAAGCAUUUGCAACAUACGUACAAGCCAAGAGAAUUGUAAAAUUUAUAACAGAUGUUGGGGCCACCAUAAAUCAUGAUCCAGAUAUUGGCGACUUGUUGAAGGUCAUAUUCGUUCCAGAUUACAAUGUGAGUGUCGCUGAAUUGUUGAUUCCGGCAAGUGAGCUUUCACAACAUAUCAGUACUGCUGGUAUGGAAGCCAGUGGAACCAGCAAUAUGAAGUUUGCAAUGAAUGGCUGUGUCUUGAUCGGGACUUUGGAUGGUGCCAAUGUGGAAAUUAGGCAGGAAGUAGGGGAUGACAACUUUUUCCUCUUUGGUGCUCAAGCCCCUGAGAUAGCAGGACUUCGAAAGGAAAGAGCAGAGGGCAAGUUUGUACCAGAUCCACGCUUCGAAGAAGUGAAAAAGUUUGUGAGAAGUGGUGCUUUUGGCGCUUACAAUUACGACGAACUGCUAGGUUCUCUGGAAGGCAACGAAGGAUUCGGACGUGGGGACUACUUUCUGGUGGGCAAGGAUUUCCCUAGCUAUAUCGAAUGCCAAGAGAGAGUGGAUGAAGCAUAUCGAGAUCAAAAGAGAUGGACGAAGAUGUCGAUAUUGAAUACGGCUGGUUCCUACAAGUUCAGCAGCGAUAGAACUAUUCACGAGUAUGCAAGGGAGAUUUGGAACAUCAAUCCCUUGCAAAUAAUUUAGAUAUGAGUCGACUUUCAAGCUACCCAAACACUUUGAUCCAACAUUUUUGUAUAGACUAUAAUAAGUGUAUCAUGUGCUGGUUGAGUCUCUGGGAAUGAGUAUUAUAAUUACUUACUGCUUAUUUUACCAAUCAAAA